AUGGAGAGCUUCACAGAGUCACUAAACAAGCUGAAGGAUGUCCACGAGAACGAGGUCCGAGGCCUGCAGAAUAAGCUUCUGGAGCUGAACUCGGAGAGAUGCCGGGACGCCCAGAGGUUGGAGGAGCUCUGCGCCAAGAACCAUCAGCUCAGGGAGCAGCAGAAGGCGCUGAAGGAGAACGUGCGGGUGCUGGAGAACAGGCUGCGGGCCGGCCUGUGUGACCGCUGCAUGGUCACCCAGGAGCUGGCUAGGAAGAAGCAGCAGGAGUUCGAAAACUCCCUCCUCCAAAACCUACAGCACGUCUUCAUCCUCACCAACGAGUUGAACCGGCUGCAGCUGGAGAACGAGACAUUGAAAGAGGAAGUAAAGCGGCUUCGGGGCCCGCGGCUCAAGCCCCAAUACAGGGAGGGUGCCUCAGACCCCCCCUCACCCCUACUACUCCCCUCCCCGGGGGCUCGGAAGGCCAUCGCGGAGAAGAUGCUGGGAGGCCACGAGGAGGCCGAGGACGACCAUCCAGGUGCGAGUCCCCAGAGAGAAGAAAAGUCUGUGGGGUACAGGACAUCUCCAGUCGCCAGAAUCUCCCCGAGUGCCAGCCUGCCGGAGACGCGGGCCCCGGACACGAGCCCCCAGCGAAUCUCCAACCAGCUGCACGGGACCAUCGCCGUGGUGCGGCCGGGCUCCCAGGCCUGCUCUGCUGACCAGGGCUCCACCAACAGGACACCCCCACUGCCACUGACCAGGAGCAGCCCGCCCAGCCCACCCUAUGAGCCCAGCCUCCCACUGGACAGCUUUCUGCGGGCCUCCCGGCCCCCCACCAUGGCCUAUGAGUCCCUGAAGCGCUCCCUCCAGGCUGACCACCUCUGCCUCCUGAACCAUCACCUGUCUCUGCACCUUCAGAGCCCCCACUGCAGCCCCCAAGUCCCCGCCACAGUCCCCCAUGGCCCCCAGCCCCAGGGCCCGAAGGCUGGGGAGGCAGAGGCCUGGGAUGAGCCAGUGGGCCUGCUGGGGCUGCCGGGGGCCCUGGUGGACGUGCGAGACCCUCGGCUAAAAGGAGCGUUGCACCUGCUCCUGGCCCAGCAGCUGCGGGCACAGGGGCGGGUGGGCAGUGCCAGGCUGAGGGGCCCGCCCACUCCAGGGGGGACCCCACCCUCCCCACCAGUCAGCUCUGACUCGGAAGACCCCCAAGGUGAGGCGGCCGGGGCAGCCCUGUCUGGAGGGGGGCACAUACAGCCCACAGGCCCAGGCAGCCCCAGGAGAAAGGAAGACACGGCCACACGAGACUAUGUCCCAGACAAGCCCUUGGACCUCUCCGAGCGGGGCCGGGGCCAGGGCCGGCAUGCCGCCAAGCCUCCGGGCCGGCCGGGGUCCCUCAGCCCCCCGAGUGCUCACACUCCCAGCCUGGCGCCACCUCAGGGAGUGGAGCCACCCGCCCGGUCUGGACCCCGGGGACUCAGCAACGGUACCAAGGAAGCCAGAGCUCCAGAGCCAGAAGGGUCUGCCGCUCCUGCGGAUCCCUCCCAACCUCUAACAGGGCCCCACCCAAACACGCCCUCUUCAAGUGGGACAGGAGCUGAGGGGAAAGGGAAGCCAAAAUCUACCCCCAACCCACACAGGCAUGAUGCUGAUGGCCCCCCAGGUAAGGAACUCAGCAAGGCCCAAGUGCAGGGGCUGGAGUCAGACGAGCUGAACGAGUUGGACCCCUCGGACGAGGUGGGCCUGAGCUCCGAGGUGGGGGCCAAGCCGAGCAUGCCAGGGGAGGGGUCCAGGUGCUCCUGCACCAAGGAGCGCAGGCAGGGGCUGCCACAGAAGAGGAAGCGGCCCUCCGGCCCAUGGUGCAAAGCCUCCAAGAAGCCGCCACCAGCGAGAAGGAAUCCAGGGGAGCCCCUGACAGCACAUGAGGGGUCCGGGAGCCCAAGGCACCCUGAGGACAGCAGCCCCUCACCCAGCAACAGCAGCUGGGAGGAGACUUAGCAGGCUGCUCCCAGGGGCACCACAGCCUGCCCGGACAUGGCUCCCCACCUGGCCACCAGCCCAGCAGACAGCCCAGCACAGGGCAGGAGGGGACUGGGUCCCGACCCGUGGCCACAGGGGCUGGGAAGGCCGAGAGGGGGUCUUUGGCUGGUCAUUUGAACUCCUCCAUCUCUACCCGUCUCAGAAAUGACCAGCUGGUCCUGCUGCCCCUCCCACACCCUAGCAUUUGCUCCCUUGGGAGAAGUAGGGUUCGGGGAGGCAGG